CGAAAAGGCGGGAAGCGGGGAUGAGUUCCCAUUAUUAAACCCGAAAUCCAUAAAACACCACAGUAGACCCUAAGAACCUAUCAAAUCCCUAAACACAAGGAACAACACCAUCAGCAAAGCUUCAUAGCAUUUCCUGUAUUCGACUCAGAACCCUCGCUGGGAAGGGAGAAGAGCACAUGUCGAGGCAAUCGAGACCCAAAUCGUCGUCCGAAGAGCCUCUAUCGGAUAGCUCGGAGGAGGAACGCGUCAAUGAUCAAGUUAGCGACGAGGUAGAUGAGGCAGACGAGGAAGAACUCGAGGCCGUAGCUAGAACAGGGGAGGACUCGGAGUCGGAGGAUCAGGAAGCGGAUGAAGACAAUGACGAUGCCGCAGCUGCCGCCUCAGAUGGUGAAGGUGACGGUGACGAAGAGAACGAGGAAGAAGAUGGAGCAAAUACUGGAAUCGCAAAGCGUGAAAAGAUGAGAUUGAAAGAAAUGCAGAGGCUCAAGAAACAGAAAAUACAAGAAAUAUUGGAUGCACAAAAUGCGAGCAUUGAUGCUGACAUGAACAACAAAGGAAAGGGGCGCCUUAAGUAUCUCCUGAAGCAAACAGAGAUAUUUUCCCAUUUUGCUAAAGGUGACCAGACUUCUCAGAAGAAGACAAAAGGAAGGGGUCGCCAUGCAUCCAAAGUGACUGAAGAGGAAGAAGAUGAAGAAUAUCUCAAGGAUGAAGAAGAUGGGCUGUCUGGGAAUACACGACUUUUGACACAACCCUCCUGUAUUCAGGGAAAGAUGCGUGACUACCAACUCGCUGGUUUGAACUGGCUUAUACGGCUCUAUGAAAAUGGCAUAAAUGGGAUACUUGCUGAUGAAAUGGGGCUUGGCAAGACAUUGCAAACAAUCUCCUUAAUGGGAUACCUUCACGAGUUUAGAGGAAUAACUGGUCCCCAUAUGGUUGUUGCUCCAAAGUCUACUCUUGGCAACUGGAUGAAUGAAAUAAAACGUUUCUGCCCAAUUUUAAGGGCUGUCAAGUUUCUUGGAAACCCAGAUGAAAGGAGACACAUACGUGAGGAUUUACUAGUUGCCGGAAAGUUUGACAUCUGUGUCACUAGUUUUGAAAUGGUUAUUAAAGAGAAGACUGCUCUUCGUCGUUUUAGUUGGCGCUACAUUAUUAUUGACGAAGCUCAUCGUAUAAAAAAUGAAAAUUCUCUUCUGUCAAAGACAAUGAGACUUUACAAUACAAAUUAUCGACUUCUUAUCACAGGGACACCCCUGCAGAAUAACCUUCAUGAACUCUGGGCUCUCCUCAACUUCUUGCUGCCAGAGAUCUUUAGCUCUGCAGAAACUUUUGAUGAAUGGUUCCAAAUUUCUGGUGAUAAUGACCAGCAGGAAGUUGUCCAACAGCUUCACAAGGUCCUUCGACCAUUUCUUCUCAGGAGGUUGAAGUCUGAUGUUGAGAAAGGUCUCCCCCCCAAGAAGGAAACAAUCCUCAAGGUUGGCAUGUCUCAGAUGCAAAAGCAGUAUUAUAAGGCUUUGUUGCAAAAGGAUCUAGAAGUUGUUAAUUCUGGUGGAGAGCGCAAGCGUCUUCUAAAUAUAGCUAUGCAGCUGCGGAAAUGCUGCAAUCAUCCAUAUCUGUUCCAAGGAGCAGAACCAGGACCUCCUUACACUACAGGAGACCAUCUCAUAGAGAAUGCUGGCAAAAUGGUUCUUCUCGAUAAGCUGCUUCCAAAACUAAAGGAGCGUGGCUCAAGGGUGUUAAUAUUUUCUCAGAUGACCAGGCUUUUGGACAUCUUGGAGGACUACUUGAUGUACCGUGGUCAUCAAUAUUGCAGAAUUGAUGGAAAUACUGGUGGUGAGGAUCGUGAUGCUUCUAUUGAAGCCUUUAACAAGCCAGGAAGUGAAAAAUUUGCUUUCUUAUUGUCCACCCGGGCUGGGGGUCUUGGAAUCAAUCUGGCUACUGCUGACAUUGUAAUACUCUAUGACAGCGAUUGGAAUCCACAAGUUGAUUUGCAAGCUCAGGAUCGUGCUCAUAGGAUUGGUCAGAAGAAGGAAGUGCAAGUAUUCCGGUUUUGCACGGAGUACACUAUCGAGGAAAAGGUGAUUGAAAGAGCUUAUAAGAAGCUUGCACUUGAUGCUUUGGUUAUCCAGCAAGGACGACUAGCUGAGCAAAAAACUGUAAAUAAGGAUGAGUUACUGCAGAUGGUGAGGUUUGGUGCGGAGAUGGUUUUCAGUUCUAAGGAUAGCACCAUCACCGAUGAAGAUAUUGAUAGGAUCAUUGCUAAAGGAGAGGAGGCAACAGCUGAACUUGAUGCCAAGAUGAAGAAGUUUACAGAAGAUGCUAUCAAGUUCAAGAUGGACGACUCUGCUGAUAUCUAUGACUUUGACGAUGAAAAGGAUGAAAACAAGCUUGACUUUAAGAAGAUUGCUACUGAAAACUGGAAUGAGCCAUCAAGAAGAGAACGAAAGCGCAAUUACUCGGAGUCAGAAUACUUCAAGCAAACAAUGCGUCAGAAUGGCCCUGCAAAACCCAAAGAGCCUCGAAUUCCUCGCAUGCCUCAGCUGCAUGACUUCCAGUUCUUUAACACACAGAGGCUCGGUGAGCUGUUUGAGAAGGAAGUUCGGUACCUCAUGCAAAGGCAACAAAAGGUUCAAAUGAAAGACACCAUAGAUGUGGACGAAACAGAAGAUGUUGGAGAACCUUUGACUGCUGAAGAACAGGAAGAAAAAGAACGUCUCUUGGAACGUGGAUUUUCAACGUGGAGCAGAAGAGACUUCAAUACUUUCAUCAGGGCCUGUGAGAAGUAUGGCCGUAAUGAUAUUAAAAGCAUUGCUGCAGAAAUGGAAGGGAAAACAGAAGAGGAAGUUGAACGAUAUGCAAAAGUUUUUAAAGAAAGAUACAAAGAAUUAAAUGAUUAUGAUAGGAUCAUAAAAAACAUUGAAAGAGGAGAAGCAAGAAUUUCCCGAAGAGAUGAGAUCAUGAAAGCAAUAGGGAAAAAAUUGGAUCGUUACAAGAACCCAUGGCUAGAGUUAAAGAUCCAAUAUGGUCAGAACAAGGGCAAGUUUUACAAUGAGGAAUGUGAUCGUUUCAUGAUGUGCAUGGUUCACAAGAUUGGGUAUGGAAACUGGGAUGAGUUGAAAGCUGCCUUUCGCACAUCUCCUUUGUUCCGUUUUGAUUGGUUUGUAAAGUCUCGAACUGCCCAGGAAUUGGCGAGGAGGUGUGAUACCCUCAUUAGGCUUAUUGAGAAGGAGAACCAAGAAUAUGAUGAGCAGGAACGACAGGCCCGGAAGGAGAAGAAACUUGCUAAGAUGAAUGCUCCGUCAAAGCGGGCCGCUUUGCCAAGGCAAUCAGCUGAGAGCCCUCCCAACUCAAAGAAACGGAAGCAAUUAUCAAUGGACGAUUAUGUCAAUUCGGCAAGGAAGAAGAAAUGAUAGAAAUUAAAAUUCUUUUGCUGGAUCCUGCAGCUGCUGUUUUUGGGUUAAUAUCUGGUAGACAUUGUAUAUCUUGGACAUGGAUCUUAGCAGAUUUGUAGCACAGAUGCUUCUGUUUAAAUGCAUCUCUUGUAGUUUUUUAGAUGUAGACAUGUAGUUUAUUAAUGUCUACCCAACAGAAUUCCAUGCAUAUGGUCAUAACCUGUGAAAAAAUCACUGGGAAGCCAUUUUUGUUUGUUACAAGAAUACAAGGUAUGAAGGGAUGUAGACAUGUAGUACCAAUUAAUUUAAAGCCUAUGGGGAUAUUGCGAAAUUAUACAGAUACUCUGUAUUCCGUAAGGUGUAGCUCUUGGAUAUAUUACAGGAUUUUUAACGGGUUGACUAAUUUCAUCUCAAG